AUCAUAUUCACAAUAUUUACCACCACCACCCUCCCGUAGAAGUAUAUCUAGUACAUGAGGAAGAAUUUAGAAGUGUUUUUCCCUGACAAAACCUUAGGCAACACUAUGCCUACGUACGUAGCUACCUCAAAUGGAUCGCGACCGGUCUAACAAGUCAGUAAGCUAAGCCCAAACAACAAAAUAAAAGAUUGUUAAGAUUCAGAUUUGGUAGGGGUGCGCCAGGCCCAUGCAGCAGUGCAACGCAUGGGCGACGCGCGAGGGCCCCGGCAGCGAGCUACCGUGGGUGGGCCCUCCCCCACAUAAAAAUUAAUUUAAUAUCGAGGUGGGCGCAUGGCCCACGUAUCAGAUAUUAAACUGAUAAGAACAGAUACUACACUUGAUCUUAGCCAAAAGGCCGAGAAAGGUAUGCUUUGCUGAAUGGGCCUCGGUCCGCGCUUAAUUCCCACCGCCCGAUGAUAGCUGUUCACCGCUUUCGAUGUGGGACUUUUCCUUUCUCUGCUGUUGCCUGUUGGCUGUUGGCAUAGACGGGAAGUAAAAGAAGACGAGAAGAAGGGAGGCGGUGAGAAGAUGAGACCCGAGCUCAAACUGCGUCGAUCCGACAUCCUCCUCUUCGAACGGGUCCGUUUGCCCCUGUGCUGGUUCUUCUAUGAGUAUGACUGCCUCCGGUCUCCAGUCUCCACCGCCUUGCUAGGGUUUUACUUGCAAUUUCCCAACCGCACCCAAAACCCAAACUAGUGACCUAAAGUAGUCCUCCACCAUUUCAUUUCUCUUCGAUCGCUCCUUCUCCUUCUGCUUCUCUCCGAGAUGGCGGCGUCGGGCAUGACCGGGCAGGGCUCGAGCUUGAAGAGGCGGGAGUCGACGGCGGCGACGAGGGAGGGGGAUCAGCUCAUUAUCACCCCGCUGGGGGCCGGCAGUGAAGUGGGCCGCUCCUGCGUCUACAUGUCCUACAAGGGGAAGAUCGUCUUGUUCGAUUGUGGGAUACAUCCGGCGUACUCCGGCAUGGCCGCCCUGCCUUACUUCGAUGAGAUUGAUCCUUCAACCAUAGAUGUGCUUCUCGUUACUCACUUUCACCUUGAUCAUGCUGCGUCAUUGCCAUACUUCUUAGAGAAGACCACUUUCAAAGGGAGAGUUUUUAUGACUCAUGCAACAAAGGCCAUUUACAAGCUGCUUCUGUCGGAUUAUGUCAAAGUGAGCAAAGUUUCUGUUGAGGAUAUGCUAUAUGAUGAGCAAGACAUUCUCCGCUCAAUGGAUAAGAUAGAGGUGAUCGAUUUCCACCAGACGCUAGAGGUGAACGGGAUCCGUUUCUGGUGCUACACUGCAGGCCAUGUCCUUGGCGCCGCAAUGUUCAUGGUCGACAUCGCUGGAGUGCGGGUCCUAUACACGGGCGACUACUCCCGUGAGGAGGAUCGUCACCUUCUCGCUGCUGAGAUCCCCCAGUUCUCCCCUGACAUCUGUAUCAUCGAGUCCACGUACGGCGUUCAGCUCCACCAGCCACGUCUGGCCCGUGAGAAACGCUUCACCGAAAUCAUUCACUCCACCGUCUCCCAGGGCGGCCGUGUCCUCAUCCCUGCUUUCGCCCUCGGGAGAGCCCAAGAGCUUCUUCUCAUUCUUGAUGAAUACUGGUCCAAUCACCCCGAUCUCCAUAACAUUCCAAUAUAUUAUGCCUCCCCUCUUGCCAAGAGGUGUAUGGCUGUCUACCAGACCUACAUAAAUUCCAUGAAUGAGAGGAUAAGGAACCAGUUUGCAAAGUCCAACCCUUUCGAUUUCAAGCACAUAUCUCCAUUGAAGAGCAUAGAGAAUUUCAAUGAUGUGGGCCCAUCAGUGGUGAUGGCCAGCCCAGGUAGCCUACAGAGCGGGCUUUCCCGGCAGCUAUUUGAUAAAUGGUGCUCAGAUAAGAAAAAUGCCUGUGUCCUUCCGGGGUAUGUCAUGGAAGGGACGCUCGCGAAGACCAUCAUUAAUGAACCGAAGGAAGUCACCCUCAUGAAUGGGCUCACUGCCCCUCUCAACAUGCAGGUCUACUACAUCUCCUUCUCCGCCCAUGCAGAUUUCGCUCAGACAAGCGCCUUCUUGAAUGAGCUAAUGCCGCCCAACAUUAUUCUUGUACAUGGAGAAGCUAAUGAGAUGGCACGGCUCAAGCAGAACCUUAUAACUCAGUUCACUGGUACAAAUACAAAGAUCAUAUCCCCCAAGAACUGCCAAUCUGUGGAGAUGUACUUUAGUUCUGAGAAGAUGGCUAAAACUAUUGGACGGCUGGCCGAGAAGGUACCGGAUGUUGGGGAGACUGUAAGCGGCUUACUUGUCAAGAAGGGCUUCACGUAUCAGAUUAUGGCGCCAGAGGACCUCCAUGUAUUCUCACAGCUAUCGACAGCUAAUAUUACCCAAAGGAUCUCUGUCCCUUAUUCGGGCUCGUUCGAAGUCAUAAAGUAUAGGCUAAAGCAAAUUUACGAGAGUGUUGAAUCCCCAUCUCAAGAGGCUGAUGCCCCUACUUUGGUUGUGCACGAAAGGGUCACUAUAAAGCAAGAGUCGGAGAAUUACGUGACGAUGCAGUGGUCCUCCGAUCCAAUAAGUGAUAUGGUUUCUGAUUCUGUUGUGGCUAUGAUCUUGAAUAUUAACCGAGAAGGCCCUAAGGUGACCCCAGUAGAGGAAGCUACCAGGACUCAGGAAGAGACGGAAAAGAUGGCACACAAGGUAAUAUAUGCUCUGAUGGUCUCUCUCUUUGGGGAUGUCAAAGUUGCGGAGGAAGGGAAGUUGGUUAUUACCGUGGACGGGGAUGUGGCACAGCUGAAUGGCAAGAAUGGUGAGGUGGAAUGCGAGAACGAGGGGUUGAAGGAAAGGGUGAGGAUGGCAUUUCGGAGGAUUCAGGGUGCUGUGAGACCGAUUCCUCUUACCGCAUAAUUUCUGGCCUUAGUUUUUGGAGGAUACUUUUGUUGUUAAUGGAUAUACCGGACCGAAGCCAAGUGAUAAAUGUUUCAUGAACUACGUAUUUUAUAUUCACUGAUAUUAAUUACUCGCACCAAAGAGCAUUGUGUCCCUGCAGCUUAGCUUUUGUCAAUAUUUUCAGUUUUGAGAGUAUUUUUGAUAAUGAGUAGAGCUACUAUGCUGUCGGAAACAUGGAGUAUCUGAUGCUUUUGAUUUUUUUGCCUUUAGAUUAGCUUAUUUGAUCAUUUCUAAUCUUUAAAUUAA